AUGUCUGCAGACUCUCAGACAAUUAUCACCCCUUCAGACUACUCUAAAGGCUCUGAGAGUACCAGCAGUGUACCGUGUGGAAUAUGUCGGAGGCAGUUCUCGAGGUAUACUUGCCCGAAGUGUAACCUGCUGUACUGCUCUCUGCAGUGCUUUCGAUCACCAACAAAGACUCAUGCAGACUGCUCCGAAGCGUUCUAUCGAAAGGAGGUGGAGACCGAUAUCCAUACCACUCCCUCCAAGACGGCAGAGGAAAGACAAAAGAUGAUGGAGCUACUAAAGCGCUUUGAAGAAGAUGCAUUAAAUGAUGAUCAAGCCCCCCUUGGCGAUAGCGACUCCGAUGAGGAAGAUGACGAUCUUGCGUCAAAGCUUGAGUCGAUGGACCUUGAAAAUGCCUCACACGAAGAGAUCUGGUCCGCACUGAGCCCGGCUCAGCAGGAUAAAUUUCUCAAAGCGCUGAACGACCCGUCCAGCGAUCUAGCCCAGCAGCUGCUCACGAGUGAAGAGCUUGAGAAGCAGAUUGAAGAGCCGUGGUGGGAGCGGCCGUCCGACCUAUCUGGACUGGCCUCGGAUGCCCAUCAACGCGGCACUAAAGGUGCGCGCUAUGGUGUGCGGCCGGAAAUAACGAGCAUCCCGCACGCCGCGCUCAAUGCGUCAGCUGGCGCUGCGUCGAUGGGACCAUCGCUACUCUACAACAUCUUUGCCACUUUAGUAACCUACGCUUAUGUAACUCGCUAUUUGUCGACGUCGCCACUGGCAUCGAUUUCCCCUGGCGACCCUGAACAUUACGAAGCCCGUCAGUUUUUCUCUCGCCUCGUGCCGUUCCUCACAGACCGCAAGUCAAGGACGGUUCUCCCGAGCCUAUCAGGGCUGAUUACGCACCUGUGGUCACGCUUCGAACCGGGAAGCAUGACUCCGGCAUUAUUUGCUCUUCUCAUGCGGGACGUAGCGAAGCUCAUGCGCCCCUCCACGGUGGUGCCUAUCGCCUCAUCGGGGCCGACAGAGUCCUUCGCCGACCAUCCAAGCGCGAACGCCCUCUGCGCGAUCUCCGACCUCUCGGCACUCUUCCAGCGUUCGUCGGCUUCCAGCGUUCCCAGCGCAGUAUCGGCGAAGCUCGCCUUCUACGCUGCGCGAAUCGUCUCAACGCCGGCAUACAUUCUCAUCGCGCUGGCGGACGAGGCAAUGGCACGCGCACGGCUUGUCGAACGUGAAGAAGACUUAGAUAAGAUCCCUGCGUCGGAGGCUGUAACAGAACAGACGAGGGAAGCGAAGCCCCAGAUCGAAGAACUGACGUAA